AUGCUCAGGGACACGUUCGUGGCCGUCUUCGCGGACGGCGACGACGACGAGGCGGCCCUCUCGUUGCUCAGCACGCGCAGUCAGUCCGCCUGCGCUCGCCCUCGCCUGGGGGCCUCUGACCUGCUCGCUGGAGGGCGUUUUAAUAUUCGGUCGCAUGCGGGGUCGCCUUUCUACUGCAUCUGCAUCCAGUUCGACACCUACGUGGACGUGUUCCCGGCGAAGAAAAAGAAGAAGGCCAAGAGGGAGGAGGAGAAGCCGGACGAGUCCCCGGACGAGGGCCCGGAGAACGACGAGGACGAGGACAAAGCCGCCCGCAGGGAGGAGAAGAAGAAGAAUCAAGUCGUCGAAGAAGUCCAAGUCUUCGUCGGGCAGCGGCUGGCUGGAUGGUACUUUCGCGAACAUAUUUUUCUUUGCGCUCGCGGGCGGGAUCGGCUACUGCCGCUACUAUGGCAUCAAGGUGCCGGUUUUGGACGAUUUCAUCCUCAAGUUGCGAGGCGAGAGUUUCGGAGGCGGUGCAGGAAGCAGCCCAGCAGACGCUAG